CUGGAGGGAGAGAUGAAAACAGACUGAUGCUGGAAUGGGGAGUCUGAGCAGUGGAGACCACUGGGGGUGGACAUGGAGGUAUCAUGUGGGAGAGGUAGGGCACAGGGCCUGAGGCAGGUUAAAAGCAUGGAGCAGAAAGCUAAACAUGGAUGAGCUGGAGAAGUCUGCCUGCUAGAGCAUGCGUCCUCCAAAGUUUGGACUGAAAUCUAAGAUUCCCAAUGCCUGCCACUUCUCUGCUUCCAGCAACUACCUGUGAAAUCCUCCAGCAAAGUGUGCAUCUCCACCCUUGCACAGGUGAGAAGACUAUCAACUGCAAUGCUGAGCAGGGCAGUUCUGGCCUUGAUUCCCCCAAGAUGUCUCAGUCUGUUCCAAAAGUGGAAAAAUCCUCUAGCCAACAGCAGGAGGAAGAUAAGCUGCCCAAAAAAGACAACAGGAAAGCAAAAGAAAGCUCUGCAAAGCCUCUGAACCACAAACCUGAGGCCAGGACUAAAGAGAAAAGAGCCUCCACAUCUGUCAAGAAGAGCAAGGACAAAAGCCCUUUGGCUCCCGCAUCAUCCACCACCACCACCACCGGAAGAAAUACCAUCAAAAGAUUUCCCCUAAAGCAGAAAAUACGUGCAGUCAACAUAAAGGCCCUGCAGCUGCCAAGUAUUAACAACCCGUCUCAAGGCAUAAAAGACCUGGAAAUCCGACUGCUGCAAGUCGAGUGCGAGGAGCUCAAAAACCGACUGGGCUGCCUGAGGGAAGGGCUAGUGGGUCAAAAACCAAGCGAUAUGGAGGAUUUAUUGAAACAGUCUCAGAAGGAGCUGUUGUGGCUUCAGAGGCAGCUGUCCUUCAUCUCAACGGGAGGCCCUGCGUGUAUUUUGUCAACUAGCAAGCUUGGAAAUGAUUUACCAUGUUUGCAGCCUUCAGUGCCACAGAAAACAUUUGAUGAGAUUCGAUUUUUAGAGGAGAAAACCCAGUUUUUUCAAUCUAAUGUCACCACACUAAGUCAAGAAAACCAUCUGUGGAGAUUUUUGGAAAAUGAACUGAAGGAUGCUGUGCAAGAAAAGAAUCGCUUGAGCCUUCAAUAUGCCAGUGUAUCCCACAAGGCCCUGCAAUAUGACCAGGUAAAAUCAGACUAUGAUCAGCUUAGAGAAACCCUCAUCAUAGUGACCAAAGAACGAGAUUUGGCUGUGAAGGAGAAACACCAGCUCCAAGUCAAGCUGGAGAACUUAGAGCAGGUCCUAAAGCAUAUGCGAGAGGCUGCUGAACGGCGGCAACAGCUGGAGUUGGAGCAUGAGCAAGCCUUGGCUGUUCUCAAUGCAAAACAGCAGGAAAUUGAACUCCUGCAGAAGGCUCAGGUUGAGGCCAAGAAAGAACACGAAGGCGCAGUUCAGCUGCUAGAGAACACCUUGGACAGCAUGCAGGCCAAAGUUCGAGAGCUAGAGGAGAAAUGCCGGACACAGAGCGAACAAUUUAACCUCCUUUCCAAGGAACUGGAGAAAUUUCGGCAGCAAGCUGGGAAGAUCGAUCUCCUGAGCAGUAACUCGGUGGCAUCCUCAGACCUCCCUGGCUCCCCUAGUAAAUCUCUGUCCCAGUUAAUGAAUGGAAUAGCCAACUCCAUAGGCAAAGGUCAUGAAAGCCCUUCUGGAAGUCGUUGUGUGAUUUCAGAGUUUAUACGACCCCUUCAGAUAUCCAGUGACAAACCAGAACAAUUGUCUGUCAAACCUACUUUCCUAUCCAGGUCAAGAUCCGGCAGCCCAAGAUGCAGAUUUGAUUCAGACAUGGAUAAUGAACGGAAUGCCAAUACCUCAAAGCAGAGAUACUCUGGGAAAGUCCAUCUUUGCAUCGCCCGUUACAGUUACAACCCUUUUGAUGGACCAAAUGAAAAUCCAGAAGCAGAGCUCCCCCUUACAGCAGGAAAAUACCUCUAUGUGUAUGGAGAUAUGGAUGAAGAUGGCUUUUACGAAGGUGAACUUCUGGAUGGACAAAGAGGACUAGUCCCUUCAAACUUUGUGGAUUUUGUUCAAGAUAACGAGGCCCGUUUGUCGAGCACAUUGAGCAGCGAACAGGAUCAGAAUUUUAUCAAUCAUUCGGGUCAUGCUUUGGAAGGGGGUGGUCUGCUGGAGAUCAGUCCACCAACUCACAUAGAGUCCAGUGUAAUCAAUAAUGGCGCAGGGACUCUGGAUGUAAACAUUGAUGAAAUCGGAGAAGACAUUGUGCCUUAUCCUAGAAAAAUCACCCUUAUUAAACAACUAGCCAAAAGUGUUAUUGUGGGCUGGGAGCCACCAGUAGUGCCACCUGGUUGGGGAACUAUUAACAGCUACAAUGUCCUGGUUGACAAAGAAGUACGGAUGAAUAUAUCCUUGGGAAGCAGAACUAAAGCUCUUAUAGAGAAACUUAACAUUGCUACCUGCACUUACCGAAUAUCAAUUCAGAGCAUUACAAGUAGGGGGAACUCAGAUGAGCUACAGUGCACUUUGUUAGUUGGAAAGGAUGUCAUCGUCGCGCCCUCUCAUCUAAAGGUGGACAACAUAACCCAGAUUUCUGCUGAGCUGUCCUGGCUUCCUACCAACAGUAAUUACAGUCACGUGAUUUUUCUUAACGAAGAAGAGUUUGACAUCGUCAAAGCCACUAGCUACAAGUACCAGUUUUUUAAUUUGAAGCCUAACAUGACCUACAAAGUGAAGGUCAUGGCAAAACCCCAUCAAAUGCCCUGGCAGCUUCCUCUGGAGCAACGGGAAAGAAAAGAGGCCUUUGUGGAGUUUUCUACAUUGCCAGCAGGUCCUCCAGCUCCACCUCAAGAUGUUACUGUACAGGCAGGUCCCACCCCCGCAACUAUACAGGUCUCCUGGAAACCACCAACUUUGACAUCAACAGGAACCUCCAAUGGAGCAAAUGUUACUGGCUAUGGUGUAUAUGCAAAAGGUCAACGGGUGGCAGAGGUGAUUUUUCCAGCAGCAGAGAACACGACCGUGGAGCUAAUGAGAAUACGGAGCUUAGACGCUCGGGACGUCACUGUAAGAACACUUUCUGCCCAGGGGGAAUCUGCGGACUCUUCCAUUGCUGCCAUUUCACCUGACCUACUGGUGCCUCCAACCCCUCACCCUAGAACUGCUCCCAAAUCUAAGCCAUUAGCAAGUGCCGGAGCCCCAAAUACCAAAGAUGAACAUUUAGGUCCGCAUUUAAAAAUGGAUGAGUCAUGGGAACAGACUCAUUCGGCAUCUCCUAUUCAUGGACACACGCUGGAGCCUCCUGCCCCCAACUUUCACGGCCCGCUUCAAGGAAGGAGGUCUCCCUCACCUAAUCGAAUACUCCCUCAGCCACAAGGCACACCUGUCCCGAAUACUGUUGCUAAAGCCAUGGCAAGAGAAGCUGCACAACGAGUUGCGGAGAGCAACAGGAUGGAGAAGAGGAGUGUAUUCAGUGAAAGGAGUACCGCAGCACCUUAUGCAAACUCGGAUGAUGAGGAAGAUGGCUACAAUUCUCCUAACAUUAAAAGGAGAGGGGCUUCAGUUGACGAUUUCCUUAAAGGCUCAGAGCUUGGAAAGCAGCCUCACUACUGUCAUGGAGAAGAGUACCACACUGAAAGCAGCAGGGGCUCCGACUUGUCUGAUAUCAUGGAGGAGGAUGAGGAAGAGCUUUACUCAGAGAUGCAGCUGGAGGAUGGUGGAAGACGGAGAGUUAGUGUAACAUCCCAUAAUGCACUCAAGGAGUGCUAUAAGAAUAAGACCACUGAAGCCGCUUUUUUGGAACAGCCUGACAAAUUUUCACAGCAGAUACAUCACAGUAAAAAGCUUUUCAGUAUCCCAGAAGUAGCUGAAGAGGAUGGUGACUAUUCUGAACUGUUACACAAGCAGGGGUUAGGUGCGCCCUAUAAAACGAAACCCACAGUAGCUAGAGACACUAAAUCACCUAGGGCCUACAAUCAAGACCAACAGCACAGCUUCUGGUAUCCAGCCAAGCACAGAAUUUCAGGCAUAGAGGAUAUGGCUUCAGAAGAAAAAGGAUGCAAAUAUAGUAGGUCCUUAACAAGAAGCCCAGACAGUGGCCUGGACUGCGGAAGUGAGGAAGAAGAGUCUCGUUUUAAUUUCAGGAAUGCUUAUGACUUGAUUUCUGCCAACGUUGCACCAAGCUGUUGUGCAGACACCAGUAACUGCUCUUGCAAAAAAACCACGAGGCCAUUGCUCGCUCGCAGGAAAACGUUAACCAGGCAAUGCAGCAUUGAAGAAGACUUUGGCGACUUGGGUCCUUUCACUGUAGAGUCUAGAAGUGAGGAGGCCAAACCCAGUUAUGAGAAAAAGUAUGAGACUCAGAAAUGUGAUAGAACAGAUCAUUUGUCUAAUGAAGAUAUUCAGGGAGGCUGGAAGACCAACUUAAAAGUGACUGAAUCUAGGGCAGCUGUUCCACUUGCAAAGCCAUCCCACAGAGACGCAGAAGACUCUCUGCUUUUAGGGAACCCAUCAUCCACAGGACGACCUGACAGGGUGGAGCACACGGGGCGAAGGUCAUCUCAUGGCAGUGCAGUGUCACAAAGGUCUCGACCAAUGUUGGUCCCUUCCAUUGAAAUUACAAUGGACAGUAACAGUGAAGGCGGUCGGUCUCGGUCAGGUAGUGAGGGAAAUAUUUCACCUGUAAAAGAAGAAGCUUAUUAUCGCAGCAUUGGUGGACACAAGACAUGGUCUCAGCAGCGUACCAUGGCCUCUGACUAUAGAUACGAUGGUUACGGCAGCCGGGACCGUCUUUCUCCAGAUAUUUAUGAAGAAUCAGAGACAGAUCCUUGCGCAGAGGACAUUUCUACUCGAAUAUUUGUUGCUCUCUUUGACUACGAUCCACUGACCAUGUCCCCCAAUCCUGAUGCUGCAGAAGAAGAGCUGCCAUUUAAAGAAGGACAGAUAAUUAAGGUUUAUGGAGAUAAAGAUGCCGAUGGAUUCUACCGGGGGGAAACCUGUACAAGAAUUGGCCUUAUUCCAUGUAAUAUGGUCUCUGAAAUCCAAGCAGAUGACGAGGAGAUGAUGGAUCAGCUUCUGAAACAAGGAUUUCUUCCUCUGAAUACACCAGUUGAGAAAAUAGUCAACUGUGACCGUUUCAAAGAGAGCACACGCUCUGUACACCGCAGAUCCAGAAAGUCUAAAAGAGAAAGGAACAGACGGAGUGGCAGGCAACAUUCGGUGUCGACAAGGAGGAUGGUGGCACUAUAUGACUAUGACCCACGAGAAAGUUCUCCUAACGUUGAUGUAGAGGCUGAGCUAACGUUCUGUACAGGAGAUAUUAUUACAGUAUUUGGGGAAAUUGAUGAAGAUGGAUUUUACUAUGGUGAACUGAAUGGACAGAAGGGGCUGGUUCCUUCAAACUUUCUUGAAGAAGUGCCUGAUGAUGUAGAAGUCUAUCUUUCUGAUGCACCAUCACGAUACACUCAAGAUACACCAAUGCGUACAAAAGCAAAAAGGGUUCCUCCUGAGAAUACAGGUACAUCAAGGAGAGCACCAUCCCCCACAGUCCAUCUCCAUUCUGGGUCACCUCCGUCAUCUAUGGGUUCUGGUAGCCCCGGGAGAGGCAGGGAAAUAGCCUCGAAAAAGAAAAAGGGGCUGCUUUCCAAAGGCAAGAAACUGCUGAAAAAGCUGGGUGCAGUGAAAUGAUUCAUGUACUUCUGGACAACUUGUAAAGCUUCCAGUCUAUGUAUUUUUUUUUUAACUUCAAAACUAGGGCUUUCAUGACUAUGCAGUACAUCUUUACAGAACCUUUGUAUUUUUUAACCCUUUCUGACAUCAGUAGAAUCAUGUGAAUUGCUUAAUCAAACAGCAAGAAAAAAAAAGGAAGUGGAUUUGUUGCUACUAAAGCUCAAAAUGUUGCCAAUGUGCUUUUUUCGUCAAAAAAAGGGACAGAUUUUGGGGAAUUAAGAACAGAAGGAUAACAUCUUUUUAUUUGAAGUCAACUCCACACCUAUAACUCCAUUGGAUAAAUCUCUGCAUUGAUUCUUCUUUGAUCAUAAGAAUGGGGGGAAAAAAGAAAAUCCUCUAAUCCUUAUUCAAAGAGAUCACCCCACAAUACCCAGUAUUUAUCUUUUUAAAAUGGUCUUGAAACUCCUAGUUUAAUCCGCCUUGAUGUUUGCCUUAUUAAUGCACAAUGAUUUGUACUGUCGACUAAAUAUACAGCGUAUACUUUGUAUGUACUGUGUAUUCAACUGUCUUCAUCCUCUGAGACAUGGUAAUUCAAGAUCACGUAAUGUGUUGCUGACUCCAUUUAAUGUCUGAUGUAACUCCUGGGAGUCUGAAAAUGUUGUGCAAGAUGCAUUUUUAAAAUAUUUGUAUAAGUUCCUUUAGUCUCCAUAUUCAGUGUACAAAAGCCAGAUACUGCAUAAAAGUACUCAGAAAAUGCACACAGUUUUAAUCAUUCAAAAUGUUUUAGAGCUCCUGGCAUGACUAGUGUAAAAGUUUCAGUAAACUGCCAGAAAAUAAAAAUAAUCUUUGUCCCCCAUGUGGUCUUGUUUGUGGAAGUGCAGUUUUCAGUUUAAAAAAAAAAUCGUUUUUCAUCUUACUGAUGUCAGGAUCAGGAUGAAAUGCAUGUAUUAGGCUCAGCAGUGAAAAGCUGUGUUACAUACACAAAACUGUAGCCAGUUAAAAAGCUCUAACAAUUGAUUAGAAAUAUCUCAAAACACUAACUUCAAUAUUGGCGUUUCUUGAUUUAAGCCAUCUUACAAGUUACUGGCAGUAACAUUGGCUGUUACUAUUUUGUAAUUCUUGUCCAUUUGUAAAUUGUUUUUACUGUUUAUACAUACUUUUCAGACUGCCUUUCUUUUGUAAUUUAUGGAAGGUUUAUAAAUGAAUGAUCAAAGCUUUCCCCAUUGUGUCUUCAAAGAAUUAUGUAAAUUAUUGUAAGAUACUAUUGUGUGCUAGAUUUAUGAAAUUAAAAAAAAAAAAAAUUACUGGCCUAAAUUUGUGGUAAAGUAUUGUGUGGGUGUGUGCAUGUGUACAGUUGUUCAUGUGUAAAAUAUUUUAUAUAAAAAAAUAAAUUUGAUAUUUUGUAAAAUGCAGCUUGCUUUGUCCAUUUUUUAAAUCUUCUCCCCCCAUAUAUAUAUAUAUUACUAAACUCCUAAUUGCUAUUUCUCAACACACACGUAUGUAUGCACGUACAUACAUGCAUA